GCAUGCGCAUUUGCAAUUUUGCACCCUGAGGCAAAAGGAGAGCGUGUGGUCGGUCGGUUCGGCUCGGGAAGAUGGUGAAGCUGACGGCGGAGCUGAUCGAGCAGGCGGCGCAAUACACCAACGCGGUGCGGGACCGGGAGCUGGACUUGCGGGGAUAUAAGAUUCCCGUGAUUGAAAACUUGGGGGCUACUCUGGACCAGUUUGAUAGUAUUGAUUUCUCUGACAAUGAGAUCCGAAAGUUAGAUGGGUUUCCUUUGCUGAAAAGGUUGAAAACAUUGCUGAUGAAUAACAACAGAUUGAGCCGAAUAGGCGAAGGAUUGGAACAGUCUCUGCCCAAUCUCAAGGAACUAAUUCUUACAAAUAAUAAUAUCAUGGAAUUGGGUGAUCUAGAUCCUCUUGCAACUAUCAAAUCAUUAACUUACUUGAGUCUUUUGAGGAAUCCUGUGACCAAUAAGAAGCAUUAUAGGUUGUAUGUAGUUUACAAGGCACCACAAGUCAGAGUGCUGGAUUUCCAAAAAGUGAAAUUAAAAGAGCGUCAGGAGGCAGAGAAAAUGUUCAAGGGCAAACGGGGUGCACAGCUUGCAAAGGAUAUUGCCAGGAGAGCCAAAACUUUCAACCCAGGCGCUGGUUUGCCAACUGACAAAAAGAAGACUGGCCCUUCCCCAGGAGAUGUGGAAGCGAUUAAGAAUGCCAUUGCUAAUGCCACAACUCUGGCUGAAGUAGAGAGGCUCAAAGGCUUGUUGCAAGCUGGGCAAAUACCUGGUAGAGACCGAAAAGCGGGCCCUUCGGAUGAGGCAGAGGAAGAGAUGGAGGAAGAUUCCAUUGCCAAUGGAUCCUGAUAUGCAUUUUUCUACUUUAUUUUCUAAAGAAUCCUAUUGUACCAUUUGCCUUUUUUUCAGAGCCUUUUGAUUUACUGCCCAAGAAAUGAUUUUGUUUAGGUUUUGUUUGAAAGCACCAUUAAUGUAUGUAAACUGUAGUUUGUAAAGUUUAUACUGUACAUUUUGAAGUGAAAUAAAACACAUUUUUCUCAGAUGCAUUA